AUGAUCAUCGUUAACGUUGAAGUCUGGCUAAAAAGUGGGCAUUAUUUUGAUCGAUUUGAUGAUGGUGUGAUAGAAGAAAGACAGAAGCAGACAAUGUCAAUGCUUUUAUUUGCUGGAAACAUGUCAUAUCUUUACACCAGUGAACCAUUCAUUAAGUUUUUUGAGGAUGGCGUGGAACAUAAACCAUCGUUGUCUAGUAAGUCUUGUGAUUCUGAACAAACUAACGAGGUCAUUGAUGCUCAAGAAUGGACUCCACAGGUGUACUCAAGUGACAGAGAAGGAUCGGACAAUGAACAAAGAGAAGAUAUUUUCCAUUUAAAUACCAGUUUGUCUGAUGAUGAUAAGAAAUGGUUGUCAAAUGCGAUUUCCUUGUGUAGUGAAGGUGAUGAUAUAGAAACAUUAGCAUCCCAAUCUUCCUGCUCGUUCAAAGAUCAUGAGGACUGGGAACUUGUUGAUGAUGAUGAAAAUUUGGAUAUAUUACCUACGCUGCUAGAAAAUGAAAACGACGAUGUAUUUGUCGAGGUCAUUGGCUCGAACAAUAAUCGUGAGGUUUCGUCUAUCACCGUUGAUGAAAAACGCUUAUCGAAUGAAUUACCUUCAAAUGAUUCUGAUGAUAAGGACAAAUCACUUGAUUUAUCUGUCGAUAAAAAUGAUGACAAUCGUCUAUCAUUACCGGACGAUAAUGAGUAUAACGACACGAACGAUCAGGUCCACACUGAAAAGACUGGCACUAAUCAGGAGACGAUAGACGAUAUUGAAAAGGACAAUUUGAGUGGUCCUAUUGACCAACAUUUGCAAGAUGUUUCUCACACUGCCGCGCGAAAAGUUAUUGGUAGAAAACUGUCAAACGUUGCGAUGUCCUGGAUUGAUCCAAAAAAGAAGGAUUAUCUUUACAAUGCUGCUCAAAUCAUGCAAGAAGCGUUGUACUGCGAGGCAAAUGAGAUGUACGAAAAGGCUUUUUUGAAGUACAAAUUAUGUGUUGGUAUUUUACUCAAAGGCGUUCAACUUGAUGGUGAUGUUAAGCGACGAGAAGCAGUUCGCAGGAAAACGGCUCAAUAUUUAGUAAAAGCAGAAUUUUUAUACAAUACAUAUUUGAAACAGGAACACGACCAGGAUAAUAUUGGAGACAUGACGCCUUCAAUUACGCCUGCAUUGUCACUCAAUCAUGAAUUUAAUGGUUUUGUUGAUGUUAAAUAUUCAAAGCUUGAUUUGUCCCAUAUUAAAGUAAUUGGUGUCAUAUCAAACAAUAUGUUGGCACAAUGCGAGGGAUUUGAAGAAGUUUAUGUCGUUAAGGCGUUACAUAAAACAAAUGCAAUCCACCGCGCUUAUAAACAAGACAAUCAAGAGAAGAUGAAUAGAAGUUUUUCAAGGAAAUAUGCAAAAUUGAAACGGAUGGUGCAUUUACAUUGUCAUUUUGAGACGAGUGAUAAAAUUUUCCUCCUUCUUGAGUACGCCAGUGGAGGCAAUCUUUGGUCUCAUGUGACGUGUCUUGAAAAUUCACAAGAAAAUGUCUACUCUCUCGGGACUUCAGACUUGCAUCACGUGACAUCCAAUAGUUCCCAGGACGACGUGGCUCGUUUUAUAGAUCAAUGUCACAUAAAUAUUAUUGGAAAUAGACAUGUACGACUGUGGAUUGCGGAGUUAAUUCUUGCCAUAGAUAGCUUACACUCGCUUGGAAUAAUCCUGAAGGAUUUAAAGCCAUGUAAUGUGUUACUGGAUGAAAGUGGACAUGUUAAGUUAUCGUAUUUUGGGGUCUGGGAAGAGGUCGAUAAUUCGGUCGAUCCUGAAGCAGUAGCUCGUCUUUACUGUGCCCCUGAGGUUUGUGUUGGUGAGAAAAUUACUACGGCGGCAGACUGGUGGAGUCUUGGUGUACUUAGUUAUGAGCUCAUCACUGGGCAGGUGCUGUCAUCAACUCAACCUUGGGGUGUAUAUCCACAUUCACCUCUCGCAUUUCCUGCUUCUCAAGAUAUAUCGCCUGAAGCCAGAUCAUUUCUAUCUGGGCUAAUAUGUCAUAAUCCACGCGAGAGAUUAGGAAGCUCAUUGGAUGGUGUGCAAGCAGUCAAAUCUCACGCGUACUUACGCGAUAUAGACUGGAUGCAAUUAGAAAAUUGCACGUCGAAAGAUUGGGACUAGUUGAAUUUCUGGCUUCAAAUUUUGGCGGAAGUAGCAUUCCAGUUAUAUUCAAUUCAAUGGUUUCCACUCAGUUUUCAGAAAGACGGGAACAUUAUUAAAAUGAUCUUAAUUCUUCAAGAUCAUGUAAGUCUGUAAGACUGGAAAGAUGACGGAGUUCAUUUAUGGUUUGAAAGUUUUAUGUUUUAUUUUAUUUCAUAUCUUUCCAACGAAGAAUGACAAUGUGUGUUUUUAUUCAUUGUCAUAUAAGUGACUGUCUGAUAAGAUAUAACAUUGAUUCCCAAUGGAUUAAGCAAGAGAAAGAGAUCUCGAUUGAAACGCAAUAUUUGUCAAACAUUACUAUGUAGUUUUCUUAAAAUACUGCUGAAUAGACAAGAAGAAUGAUGAUAGAACAAAACUGAUUAAUGGACAAGACUAUAAAAAUGAACUAGACUGAUGAAUGGACAAGAAUAAGACAGAUGACUGGACAAGAAUAAGACUGAUGAAUGGACAAGAAUAAGACUGUUGAUUGGCCAAGAAUAAGACUGAUAAUGGACAAGAAUAAGACUGAUGAAUGAACAAGAAUAAGAGUGUUGAUUGGACAAGAAUAAGACUGAUGAUUGGACCAGAAUAAGACUGAUGACUGGACAAGAAUAAGACUGAUGAAUGGACAAGAAUAAGACUGUUGAUUGGACAAGAAUAAGACUGAUGAAUGGACAAGAAUAACACUGAUGAAUGGACAAGAAUAAGACUGAUGAAUGGACAAGAACAAGACUGUUGAUUGGACAAGAAUAAGACUGUUGAUUGGACAAGAAAAAGACGGAUGAUUGGACAAGAAUAAGACUGAUGAAUAGAAAAGACGAUUUGAUAUUGCAAGAACAUACUAGAUUAAUAUUUUUGUCUACCUCGUCUCGUCAGGGAUCUCAACCAAUUGAUAAUUGGUUUGAAGAUUCCUUGAAAGAUAUGAAAUUUGUCAAUUUCAAAGUCACUUAAACGAAUGUUCAGUGAUGGCAAUCGUGUUGGUGUAAACGUUACGGAAAGUGGUAAAGAUCCUCUGAUCUCGGAAAAAGAUAAAUGAUCUUAUUUGUACAUAGCUUUGGCUUUGAAAAGAUUCUAGCAGCCAUUCCUGUCGUGAUCCAUCUCUCGCUAAACCAUUUUCUACAAGAACUUAAAAGUAUCAACUGAUGUUUUUUAUACUUUUACAGUAAAACAAAAUAAAACAGAUUCCGAAUAUAGACAUCUUGUUUUCUUGAUAUUCAAGAUGAUUUAGACAACAGAUUGUGUGAAUACUUUUACAGUGAUUUGUGGAUAUCGUUCGGAAAAAAAACAUUUGUUCGUGUCUGUUAAAA